UCAACCAUUCCGUAAAGGGUUUGUAUCUAUUUUGGGCAUUAUUUUGAGCAAGGUGUAAGAGUCUUGGGAGUGGGAACUCGUCCUCGCCCUCGCCAUCGAUCGCCGCUUCCACCGCAGCCGCGAUCGGCCGCCGCCCCACUAUUUCUCAUCCCUCCGCGGCCUUCGCCGCCGGGCCCGGACUUGAAGAGCGCGUAACCACUGCGUUAACCUCCGGAAUACGAAUUGAAGCCCCCUCGUCCCCGUUACGGAGAAGUAACCCUAGCCUGAAAGAUAGAUGGCAAUCGCGAGGACCGGGGUCUUCGUCGACGAUUAUUUGGAAUAUUCGAGCACGUUGGCGGCAGAGCUCCAGAGGCUACUGUCCACCAUGAGAGAACUCGACGAACGAGCUCAUGGUAUUAUAAACCAGACAAAAGAACAGACAAGGUAUUGUUUAGGAAUGCCUUCUCACUACUCGAAGAAGGUAAUCCAUGAAGAUGAUGAGGCAGAAUUCGAGAAGAUGAAAAAAGAGAUCGAAGCUAGCCAGGAAAAUGCAUUGAGCCUGUGCACAGAGAAAGUUUUGCUAGCCCAACAAGCUUAUGAACUGAUAGAGGGCCAUUUGAAGCGCCUAGAUGAGGAUUUGAACCAGUUUGCAGAAGACUUAAAGCAAGAAGGAAAGAUUCCACCAGAUGAACCAGCUAUUCGUCCUCCACUUCCUAUAGUGAAUAGGGAUGAAAAACGCAAGGGAGGUUAUUUAACUCCUCAACCAAAGAGGCUCAGAGAAAGGGAUUGGGAUAGAGACCGGGAUAUGGAUAUAGAACUUAUGCCUCCUCCAGGAAGUGAUAGAAAAAAUAUUCCAGCAUCUGCUGACGUUGAUCAACCUAUUGACCCAAAUGAGCCAACAUAUUGUGUCUGCCAUCAGGUGUCAUUUGGAGAUAUGAUCGCAUGUGACAAUGAAAAUUGUGAAGGAGGUGAAUGGUUCCAUUAUUCAUGUGUCGGACUCACUCCAGAAACAAGAUUUAAAGGGAAGUGGUUCUGCCCAACCUGUCGGAAUCAACAAUGAAUUCUAGAAUAGUCGGCCUGGGUAGAAAGAGGUGGUCUCCUACGAGUUCAACAGCCCAUCAGCAAUAGCCUUUUUUUUUUCUUUUUCCUGCAACAUUCUAAAGCUGUGGGAAACACCUUGUUGUAUCGAUGUAUAUUGCACGAUAGUUAAGUGGCAUCUUCUCACUGAAGAAGCUCUUUUCUGAAACGACAUGAGCAUAACUGUGCCGGUUAUGUUUGGCACCAGUACUGGUUUCUGCUUGUCCAGAAAUUAUCAUAGAUGUUGGCCCAAUUUCUUUCUUCAA